UUUGAACCAGAGAAAUUGUAUAUGCAUCCGACCCUGGAAAAUUGGGUCUUGGGAUACACAAUUAUGUCCUUUAAGUUAUACGUUUCAUCUGACCUAGGAAAAACCUGGACAGUUUUAAAGGAAGAUGUAGCGAUGCAGAUUUACUGGGCAGUGGAAGGAGAGGAUGAAAACCCACUGACAGUACACAUGGAGUAUCAGAAUUUUAUGGAGGACAUGAACUCAGAGUAUCUGUCCUGUAUAGCCCCAACAUGUAUUGACAAUACACCUGACAAAAGUGUCGGCCAUAUUGACUUCAACUCCCUCAAAGUACUCAACGAAUAUAUAUUUGUACAGAAGUCCAGCUAUAUCAGUCAUGACCUGUAUGUCUCCUACAAGAGAGGACCUUUCCGAAAGGCUUACUUUCCAUUAAAUGUCCAUCCACAGGAUUUUGACAUCAUAGAGACAUCGGAUAACCAGGUAUUCAUAGCAGCUGAUCAUAAGGAGAAUAUGGUGACACUGUACCUUUCGGAUGUCACAGGUCAGUUUUAUGUACCAUCCCUGGAGCGGGUGGUGUCAGAUGUUGUACCAGGUUACCUGGAAGUAGAUAUUUAUAAGGUUAAAGGAGUCAAAGGUCGUUACAUCGCAAACCAUUACUGGACAGUAGGAAACGCUACAGUUAUGAAAACACUGAUUUCUUAUGACAAAGGAGGAAAAUGGGUACCAAUUGAAGUUUCAAAGGAUCAAAAGUAUCGUUGUGUUGACCCAAAUUUCUGCAGCCUUCACCUCCAUCUAACAUACAGCAAUGAAUAUUAUACAACACCUGUGAUAGAGACAGAGGAGGGUGCCCCCUGGCUAAUCUUUGCUCACGGCUCCAUUGGUGACUGCCUUAAUCCUGAUCAGGCCGAGCUCUUUGUGAGCAGGGAUGCUGGACUUACCUGGUCCAAAACCUCCCUGGAAGGACAAUUCCGGAUGAACAUUAUUGACCAUGGUGGAGCAGUAACUGCAAUCCAGUACAGUAAUAAGGUGCUCACUAACACCAUACAUUUUUCAAGUGAUGAAGGAGAAACUUGGCAGAAACACAAGUUUGCAGACAAAGAAAUAUAUGUCGAUGGCAUUCUUAACAGCCCUGAUAUCAGAACACUGGUUGUAAGUGUGUUUGGACGGUUGGGGGAUGAAACUGGGAAACUUAUGGUCAAGCUGGACUUCUCCCAAGUACUGACCAGGCAGUGUACACAGAUGGACUACCGAGAUUGGAGCCCGGGAGCCAAUAUUUCUCAAGACAAUUGCAUCUUGGGAGAGGCUGUUACGUUCGAGCGACGCAACCAACACUCUGGAUGUUACAAUGGACCAGAUUAUGCGAGAAAGAAACCAGCAUCCAGCUGUCUCUGUAGACCAGCUGAUUUUGAAUGUGACUACGGCUACGAGAAGUCUCUAAGUGGAGAUUGCUCCCUAACAAACUGGUACAAUCACUCUAACAUCAACUGGCAUUGUAAGGAAGGAGAGCUGUACAAUAAAACUAAAGGGUACCGCCUUAUUGCCUCUGACAAGUGUACUGGAGGCCUUUCCACAUCGGAUAUGUACAAGCCAAUCCCUACCCCAUGUCCUGUUGCUGCUCCCAGGGGCCUGGUGCUCUCCACCUCUAAAACUACUGUUGCCAUGGGAACAACAGUCACAUUUACUCUCACUCAGAGAUCGGGAUCAAAGUUGGGAACUACCUAUACUUGGUCAUUCAGUGACAAUGGACGUCACGAAGUGGACACUAGUCUCGCCAAUGGCACUAGGAAGUACCAUCAGUUCAACAAGGCUGGUUAUUUCAAUGUUACAGUGGUGGCCAUGAACUCCAAUGGCAGUGCUAUUUGUCGAUUAAUGAUUUCUGUAGAAGCAAAUAUAACGGCUGUACUUGCCCUGGCUCCUUGGGGAGCUGAAGUUGGUCGACUGACACAGUUCAAUGUCACGCUGUGCUGUAGUGGUAACCAAACAGACUUUGGCCCUACACAUUUUGUGUGGAGAUAUGGUGAUGAGCCGAAAGGAUCACAUCCAUAUCUCACCUGGGGGACUACUGUCAGCCAUAGGUACAACAAAACAGGCCAGUACAACGUAACAAUCCAGGCGGUGAACUCGGUCAGCUCUGUACUUACCACGUACCCAAUCAGUGUCUACAAUAAUGUGACUAUAGUGCGUCUUCAUUUCACCCCCAACAUUGAUCACUUCAGUACAGGGAGUUUUGACUGGCGGUACACUACAUCACAGCUCAUCUGUCUCAAGUUAUCAGAGUUGCUGUUUGUACAGUCCAAUAGGUUGAUGGUAUCCAUUCCUCAGAUUCGCCCCACCAUUGCAGACCUCACUAUACUACCUAACGACCAUGGUGGUCUCACUGUAGAACAGGUUGUGAAAGAACUUCAGCAUAAAGUUAGUUCAAGCCAGAUCCAUUUUGAAUUAAUAACAGCUGAUGAUGCUAUAAGUGUAAGAAAUGUAGAAAUCAUAAAAGGUAACAUAACAUCAUGGGUUCCAACAUCACCGCCGACAGUACAGGUGUCCACACUGUCGCGUGUUCAUCCCACAGAAACAACAUCCACAGCUUCAGUUCCUGUUGCUGUGUAUAUAAUUGUUCCACUAAUCGUGAUUGCUGUUGGGACCUUAGUGGCCGUCCUCAUUGUGUAUGUCAAAAGAAAACAUAAACAAGAUGCUCGUUAUUCUUUGAUUAUGAAUCGUCACCAGGGAGCAACUGUGCUGGAUGUAGAUGAUGAUGAUGAUGAUGACGAAGAUUUUAUGGGUGGAGGAGAAAAUAUAUUUGAAAGUCCAGAUGGGGAUAAUAAUAUCAUGAUAAGUUCAGUACACAAUUCUACAUUGGUGAUGAUGACACCUGCCCAGCGUUCCAAUACAGCAGAUUGUUGAUGAUGGCUUUUGCUUAGUAUGUACACUGUGUAUAAUGAUGUAUUUUGCUUGCCUCAACAUUAAUCUCCAUCCUUCCAUUGUUUUAGUUGGUGCGAUUAUAAGUCCUUCCAUACAUCCAUCCAAUAUUGUGAUACAUAAUAUUAUGUUGGUAACCAAUCCCAGCAAGGAACAUUAUGCAUUAGAUUAUGUGUAUAAUUUUGAUAGGAACACUUGCUGUGGAGUGUGAUUGUUACAACUUACUUGUCAGGGGAGACAACUGUGAUUUUGUUUUUCGACAAGAAUUCAUCAUCUUUUUUUUCUUUAUGUAUGUGCUUUUUUUGCCAUGUAUCAUAUCAGGCUUUCAAUAAGAUUUUCUAGAAUUACGUUUUAAUUACAUCUUUACAUCUUUACCAUCUCAAGACAGUUGAAGAUUUAUUUCCAUAUAUAAACCAAAUGUCUCAAAUUUUUCAGAUUUCACAUUUUAUCAUUCAUCUGCAUCAUUUGAUCAUCAGGCCAUAGUUGUUCAAAGGCUGGUUACAGAUAACCAGUGGUACAUGAAAACAGUUCAGAUAUAAAGUAAACAAAAUUGGCAAAGCAUUCUUGAUCAUUUCACUGCUGGAGGUCUGUUGAGGCAGGUCGGAUUGAUAUAUUUUGAGUGUUAAUUUUGCCUUUAAAACUCCUGGGUUUUUCUCAAUGGCAGCAAUUAAAAUUGUUUAUUAAUCACUGGUGAAUUCUAACAAAGUUUUGAGCAACUGGGGCCAGUUGGCCUUGAGAACAGUUACUGUAUAAUAGUUUUUAUUUGUGGAUAUUCAUUUUCGUGUACCUAAGUCUGUAUCCUCAUAAUUAUAUAAUAACAGGGAAAAUAUGUUGUCCACUUAUAGUAACCAAUGUUCUUGAACGAUUCGAAUCCAUGCCACAAAAUUAAUGUGGUUAAAAAGAUAAGUUGAAAUGAUUCGAAUUCAAGAACAAAAUCCUUUUUUUUUUUUUUUUAAACCCAUUGAACAGUAUGUUGAAGGAUUUUCAUAUUGCAUAGACUGUGUAUGAUUUGGGUCAAAGUUGACGCUAUCAGCAGAAUAUGAAGUGUCUUAUUUAAUUCCAUGUGAAGGUAAAGAUAGGAACUUUGUAUCACAGAAAUCUGAGUUGUCUGACCACCAAGUUUGUCGGACAUCUUGUAGAUGUUCAUAUCAGACUUUAUGGAAAGUAGUUGGUUCAAACUGUGAUAAUGUGGUCAUUUUAGACAGAGUGUGACAAGUGCUCUUUUUAGACAGGAUAUGAUUAUAGUUUGGGAUAAUAAAUGUAUACAUAUUAUAUUAAAAAAUUAUGAUAAAUAUAUUGUAUAGAGGCAUUUUGCCUAUAUUCAACAGUGUAUUAUUUUAUUAUUUCUACAAUUGUAUUAAAAAUUAUAUUCACCUAUGAAUAAAUUUUUGUAUGUAUCAGAUGCUGAAAUUAAAUUGUAAUAUGGAUCUUUACACAUUUUGUAUAUAUAUGUAUUGCUUUUGAAGUUUUUCUUGAU